UGGGUUGUUUGAAAAAAAAGUUUGUUUUCAUAAUCAAAUCCAUUCGUCUAUUUUCUGGAGCGCUUCCCCUCAUCAUGGUCGCAGCUCGACUGUGGAGGCCAUGUCAGACAACGUGUAAUCUAGCCCGGCGGACAGCAGGAGGCGCCAUGGCGGACCUUCCCAUCGCUCCGGGCCAGGUCUACAUUGAGGUGGAGUACGACUACGAAUACAAGUCCAAAGACCGGCUGAUCACCAUCCACCAGGGAGAAUGCUACAUGCUGGUUCAGAAGACCAAUGAAGACUGGUGGAAGGUGCGCAGGGAGGAGGGCAGCAAAGCCUUUUACGUGCCUGCUCAGUACGUCAAGGAGGUGCGCAAAGCCCUCAUGCCGCCCCCCAAGCCUUUACCGCACCAUCCCGUUAGCGCCGGGAACACACCGCCUCAUCACCCCGUUCCCGCUGGAGGCAUCCCACCUCAUCAGCCCAUUUCUGCUGGCAACACCCCACCUCAGAAUACUGGUGCUGUCUGGGUGAAACCGGCCAAUCUGGAUCUUGCAGUCCAGGACUCAUCCAUGGCGAACCCAGACAGACCGGAGUCCAACCCUGCGCGUUCGCCCUCCGUUCAUUCCUCCUCGUCCAUGCAUUUGACGCCACCCAUCCAACGGCGGGACAGUAACCAGCGCCAGCAUGUCCCCGGCACCCCAACGGGGCCCGAGCGAUCUUUAUCCGAAAUCCCGGCCCAGAGCACCGUACCCGGGCCUUCCCACCAACUAAGCAGCACGCUCCCGCGCACCCGUACUCGAUCGCCGGAGUUGGUCCGGGCCCCGCUGGAUUUGGACAGUCCGAUGCACUCGGGUGGCGAGGAACGGCGGACCAACGACUCGGAGUCUGGAGACGAGAUGAGCAGCAGUUCUAUGGAACAACUCCAGAACUUGUCGUCGGCGGUUCGCGGCCGGCCCGACUCGCCCGUGUACAGCAACCUAGAGGAGCUGAAAAUCACGCAGUCGGUGGCGCCCCCUCUCCCGGCCGGCGCCCCUCACCAGGUGUUGGGCGACUGGGAGUCAUACAAAGACCCGCACGGCCGCCUCUUUUACUACAACCGCAGCAGUCAUGAAAGGACCUGGAAGCCCCCCCGAGCCCGGGAUGCCAGCGGAUCGCGCGGCGACAACAGCACAGGAGAAAGCAACGAGAGCACUCCCCUGUCGCUCUCGCCAUCUUUCUUCCCCUUCCUGUCGCUGCCGGCGGGCCGCCUGGGGCCCCUGUGCUCGGAGGACGGGUGCUUCAGCGCUUACUCCAGCUUGUCCGACAGCCAGUACGGCUCGCCGCCUCGCGGGUGGUCGGAAGGGAUGGACGAGUACGGGCACACGCUCUAUGUCAGUGACUAUACUAAUGAGAAGUGGUUAAAACACGUGGAUGAGCAAGGUCGGCCAUAUUACUACAGCGCCGACGGUUCCAGGUCCGAAUGGGAGCUGCCGAAGUACAACCAUUCCCCACCACAGCACCUCGCAGACCCCACCAAGACUCGCAGUCUGGACAGGAAACAGGUGGAGCCCAUCGUCCUGACCAAGUGGAGACACAGCGCUUAUGUCCAAGACCACAACGACAAGCGGACGCUGAAACUCAGACCGUUCCGGACAGGCUCUUCCCGCCCGCAUCCGUACAAGCAGCAAGACGCACUUCUGAGCCCCAAGUCCCCCACAACUGACUCUGACUCCGGCCCCUUUUCUCCUAGGCGCCCUGCCUCUCCCUCAGAGAAGUGCGGCGUGCUCAAUGUGACAAAGAUCACAGAGAACGGCAAGAAAGUUCGGAAGAAUUGGACUUCCUCCUGGACGGUUUUGCAAGGCUCCACGUUACUCUUUGCCAAGGGCCAGGGAGGCGGGACCAGUUGGUUUGGCGGCGGUCAGUCCAAACCCGAGUUCACGGUGGACCUGAAGGGUGGCUCGGUGGAUUGGGCCUCAAAAGACAAAUCCAGCAAGAAACACGUCAUCGAGCUGAAGACCCGGCAGGGGACGGAACUCCUGAUCCAGUCGGAAAACGACGUCCUUGUCAACGAGUGGUACCGAACGCUAAGGGACACCGUCAGCAGUUCGGCAUGUGAGUCUGAUGAAGCCAUCGAAGAGGACAUGCCCGAGUCACCCGGAGCAGAGAAGCAAGACAAGGAGAAAGAACGCAGAGACUCCAAGAAAGGCAGAGCCAUAAAGACGGCAAGCAGCAUGGACGGGACCGAUAAUAAGAAGACCAAACACAAGCUGAAAAAGUUUCUGACACGCCGGCCCACCAUGCAGGCAGUGAGAGACAAAGGCUACAUCAAAGAUCAGGUGUUUGGAUGCAGCCUGUCCAGCCUGUGCCAGAGGGAGAACAGCACGGUGCCCUCCUUUGUCAAGAUGUGCAUGGAGCACGUGGAAAGCAACGGACUGCACAUCGACGGCCUCUACAGAGUCAGCGGGAACUUGGCCCUCAUCCAGAAACUGCGCUUUGCCGUCAAUCACGAUGAGAAGGUGAGCCUGUCCGACGGCAAGUGGGAGGACAUCCAUGUGACCACCGGAGCCCUGAAGAUGUUCUUCAGGGAGCUUCCCGAGCCGCUCUUCACCUACACGCUCUUCCACGACUUUGUCAGUGCCAUCAAGAUUCCAGACUACAAGCAGCGGGUCCACGCCAUUAAAGAACUCGUCCGGCAGCUACCCGAGCCCAACCACGACACUAUGCAGGCCCUCUUCAAACACCUCCGCAAGGUGAUUGAGUACGGCGAAGAGAACCGCAUGACCAACCAGAGUGUCGCCAUCGUGUUCGGCCCAACGUUGCUGAAGCCUGAGAUGGAGACAUGGAACAUGGCGGUCCACAUGGUCUACCAGAACCAGAUUGUGGAGCUCAUCCUGCUGGAAUACGACAACCUAUUCGGCAGGUAGAGGACGACAGGUCGCGCUGGCGAUCUGACGAGACCAAAACCACUCUUUGCACUUUGGACUAGCUUUGGGUUACUUUUCCUGACACUGGAUUCUAACUUAAAGGACCAA